AUGCUAAAGUUCUCUUUGCUCUUUUCCCUUUGGCUCGUCCAAGUUCUUGCGAAAACACACGAGUUUGUUUUCAACGCAACUUUGGUGAGGGCAAAUCCAGACGGCACUCAUGAGCGGAAUAUGAUUGGAAUAAACGGCGAGUGGCCGCUUCCAGUGGUUCGAGUGGCCUUGGACGACCGUGUUAUUAUUCGUUUCAACAAUAUGAUGGACGACAGAAACGCAUCGCUCCACUUCCAUGGCUUGUUCAUGAAAUCCGAAAACCACAUGGAUGGACCCGAAUAUGUCACCCAAUGCCCUAUUCCUCCAGGACACUCUUUUGUAUACGACUUUUGUUGUGCAGCAGACAGGGACAUACUGGUAUCAUUCGCACCUGGGCUCUCAAUAUAG